GGUCGGUGUAUGUAUAUCUCUUCCAAGCUAUUCGCCUGUGUGUAUACGAAAUAUACAUGCGAACGUAAUCAGUGUUUUGGUCAUGAGGUUGUAGCAGUAGUUUUAUGACACGGUGGCAAUUAAAGUUGGUGUGAAUAUUUGUUAAUUAUGUUACAGGUAAUGGUGAGAAGUUAUCUGACAUUGGUUUCGGUACUAGUGUGCUGUCAUGUUGGAGAAGCAUUUUACAUACCAGGUGUUGCACCUGUGGAAUUCAAGAAGGGAUCUCGGAUAGAUGUUAAGGCAGUGAAAAUGACCAGUACUCACACACAGUUACCAUAUGAAUAUUAUUCUUUGGAUUUUUGUCGCCCAAAGAAUGGGACCAUUGUAUACAAAUCAGAAAAUUUAGGUGAAGUGUUAAGAGGCGAUCGAAUAGUCAACACACCAUAUGAAGUUCGGAUGGCUGAAAACAUUAAAUGUCGAUUGCUGUGUCAUCCUUCUCAUGGACCAAUGAACUGGGAUGCUGAAGCUUCACAAAAGGCUAUCAACCGAAUACAGCAUGAAUAUUUUGUCCACCUGCUGGUAGAUAAUCUCCCAUGUGCCACAAAGAAAAGAAAUCCUGAGACUGGAGAAGUGCAGUACGAGCAUGGCUACCGGCUUGGUGGUAGCACACGUGAGGGAGUUUAUAUUAAUAAUCAUCUGAAGCUAAUCCUGCUGUACCACACAGAGAAUAAGGAUGUUUAUCGUGUCGUUGGGUUUGAAGUAGAAGCUCAAAGUGUUGAUCAGUCAGAUUUAACAGUUACUGGUGACACAUGUAUAAUUCGUGAGAAUCCAAGGCCCCAAUUUGUUAAUAAACGUGGUGGAACAAAGCUUUUCUUCACAUAUUCAGUUGAAUGGAAAGCAUCAGAAAUCAGUUGGGCAUCCAGAUGGGAUAUAUAUUUAGGAAUGAAUGAUGUUCAGAUCCACUGGUUUUCCAUUGUGAAUUCUCUGGUUGUCGUCCUUUUUCUGUCUGGCAUAUUAACAAUGAUUAUGGUACGGACAUUACGGCGAGACAUUGCUAGAUAUAAUGCUGAUGAGGGACCUGAUGAAACUAUUGAAGAGACUGGAUGGAAACUAGUCCAUGGUGAUGUGUUUAGACCACCACGUUACUCAAGAUUGUUUGCAGCAGUCAUUGGAAGUGGGAUCCAGAUAUUUUUCAUGGCACUGAUAACAAUAUUCUUUGCAAUGCUGGGCAUGCUUUCACCGGCAUCUCGGGGAGCCCUCAUGACUGCAGCAAUUUUUCUCUACGUCUUUAUGGGUCUGAUUGCUGGUUAUUUUUCUGCAAGGUUAUAUAAGACAAUGAAAGGAAGAGAAUGGAAGAGGGCAGCUUUUCUGACUGCCACUUUUUAUCCAGCAAUUGUUUUUGGAGUUUGUUUCUUCUUAAACUUUUUUAUCUGGGGGAAACAUUCCAGUGGUGCAGUACCAUUCUCCACAAUGGUGUCACUGUUAUGUAUGUGGUUUGGCAUUUCCUUACCACUUGUAUACUUGGGUUAUUACUUUGGGUUUCGCAAACAGCCUUUCCAGCAUCCAGUACGGACAAAUCAGAUUCCACGUCAAGUCCCAGAUCAACUUUGGUACAUGAAUCCUUUCCUGUGCACUUUAAUGGCAGGUGUACUGCCAUUUGGAGCUGUAUUUAUUGAGCUGUUUUUCAUAUUCUCUGCAAUUUGGGAAAAUCAAUUCUAUUAUCUGUUUGGUUUCCUGUUCCUUGUGUUCAUUAUCUUGGUGAUAUCAUGCUCCCAGAUAUCAAUUGUAAUGGUGUACUUCCAGCUGUGUGGUGAGGAUUACCAUUGGUGGUGGAGAAGUUUUGUAGUUUCAGGAGGAUCAGCAAUAUAUGUCUUUGCAUAUUCAGUAUUUUAUUUUGUCACCAAGCUGGAAAUAACAGAGUUCAUUCCCACAUUGUUAUAUUUCGGCUACACAGCUAUUAUGGUGAUAACAUUUUGGCUUCUUACUGGAACUAUCGGUUUUUUUGCAGCAUAUGCAUUUAUUCGGAAGAUUUAUGCUGCUGUGAAGAUUGACUGAUAUUUUGAAUUUGUUGUGCAGCAGAUCUCACGGACUGUGGUUAUUUAUGAAAGUGGGGACCAUUGGCAGUUGGAGAAUCCCUCAUGUCAUCUUUACUGUUGUAGUUAAAGGUUGUAAUUCUGCAGUUUUGUUUGAAAUCAACACUCUCUAAGCAGUACUGAGAGCUGUGGUUGCAGCAGUGAAAGAAAUUGUAAAGCUUGGUAACCUAAUAGUCUCAGUACUGUCAGUCACACAAUACCAAAAAAAAGGAAAAAGAAAAAAGUUUUAAUAUGUGAUUAUCAUAUAUUUAAAUGUGCAAAUAUAUUUUAAUAAAGUUCUUCAUUAGUGAGAGCUUGCUGCAUAUGUUACCACUGGACAGGAAUGUGGUGAUAAGAGAGCUGCAUCCUGUGUUCUCUCUAUGAUGAGAAUUUAUAUCAGUAAUAUUGUGCUGUACUGGCUGUUUUCUCAGAUGUAUAGUUUGCAAAUGAAUGUGUAAAAGUGUUUGCAUGUUCUUUAUUGACCAUGAUAUUGUUUAGUAGUAAUAUCUUGUAUUUACUAGCAAUGAACACAGUUUCUUAAAAAUAUAUUUUUAUGUGAUAUAAAAAGUGUAAAAACAUAAUAUAUCUCUGAAUGCUCUACUUUGACAUAUACCAAUUUUAUUUAACAAUUAUGAGUUAAUGUGUAUUGUGUACCUUAUUCUGUAUGAUGUCUUAUAAAGAUUUGUUCAGUGAAGUUGUGGUUUACAGAUGUAUUGUCCUACUGGAGUCUCUUGUGUGCUUAUUGGAUUACAGUAGUUCAGGAAAGUGCUUCAUUUGUGUGUUGUAAUAUUCAAUACUGAAAAAAUUAUAAUCACAGAUGGAGCUUUAAUUGUGUGCCCGUCUCUUAAUGUUGAAAGCGUAUACAGUUGGAGUAAAGAUCAUUUUAUAUUUCCAAAUUUGCAAGUGUAAUUAAGUUUGAAAGUAAGUGGAAGUAACUGUGUGUGUGUGUGUGUGUGUGUGUGUGUGUGUGUGUGUGUGUGUGUGUGUGUGUGUGUGUGAGAGAGAGAGAGAGAGAGAGAGAGAGAGAGAGAGAGAGAGAGAGAGAGAGUUUAAUAUAGAUUAUAUUGCCAUUUUGUACUUCUCUCAGCCAUUGCACAAUUUAAUGAAUCUGUGUGUUAUGGAGCAUUAUAUCAAUAAGUGAAAGUUGUUUGUUAUUUUGUUUGUAACAGGCAUUUUUAAAUUAUUUUGCUGCCUGAAUAAAUGUGCAUGACCUGUGAUAGUUUUAUGUAUUGUAUUUAUUUAUUGACCAUGGAAACAAGUACUAGGAAUUGAUUAUUAGUAUAGGACAAAGAGUGGAAGGACUGUCCAGUUAUACUGAUUCAGGUACUGCCGAUGACACUUCAAUCGCAGAAGUUUCAGUAUUAAAUGUAAAACAAAUGAAUUACCAAUAAACAAACUGCAUAUCCUCAA